AUGAAGUUAGAUAUAUCUCAUAUGAGAUAUAUGACAGCCGAUGACUUUAAAGUCUUACAAGCCGUUGAACAAGGUUCAAAAAAUCAUGAAAUUGUUCCAACUACUUUAAUCCAUCAACUAUCUGGUAUGAGGAGUAUGUCGGGUACUAACAGAUCUAUUAGUGAUUUAGCGAAAUUAAAAUUGAUUUCAAAGGUCAGAAAUGCCAAGUAUGAUGGUUAUCGUUUAACUUAUAAUGGUAUAGAUUAUUUAGCAUUCCAUUCUAUGUUAAAUAGAAAUACAGUUUAUUCUAUUGGUGGAUCUAUUGGUGUAGGUAAGGAAUCUGAUAUUUAUAAAGUUUCCGAUAAGAAUGGAGUUGAAAAAGUAAUGAAGAUUCAUAGAUUAGGUAGAACAUCCUUUCAUACAGUUAGAAACAAUAGAGAUUACCUAAAGAAAAAUUCGAAAAAUGGUGUAAAUUGGAUGGUUCUUUCAAGAUUAGCUGCUAAUAAGGAGUAUCAAUUCAUUACAAUGCUAUAUGCUAAAGGUUUUAAAGUUCCAGAACCUUUUGACAAUUCUCGUCAUGUUAUAAUCAUGGAAUUAAUUAGAGGGUUCCCAAUGAGAAGACUAAGGAAACACAAAAAUUUACCAGAGUUAUAUAAUAAUUUAAUGAAGUUCAUUGUAAAAUUAGGAUGUAGUGGUUUAAUCCAUUGUGAUUUCAAUGAAUUUAAUAUUAUGAUCAAAGAUGAAUCUGAAAUUGACCCAAACGAUCCAACUGAUGUUGGUUUUGUAGUAAUCGAUUUCCCACAAUCUAUUUCCAUUCAACAUAAAGAUGCGGAAUAUUAUUUUAAAAGAGACGUGGAUUGUAUUCGUAGAUUUUUUAAGAAGAAAUUAAAAUAUGAACCUAAGGAUGAUCCAUCAAUGCUUGACACUGAUGGGUUUGGUGAUGGUUAUAGAUAUGCUUACCCAGAUUUCCAUAGAGAUAUUGAAAGAACUGAUAACCUUGAUGAAUUGGUCCAAGCAUCAGGUUACAGUAAGAAACACCCUGGUGAUAGAUAUUUAGAAGACGCCAUGGAAGACAUGAGAAAUACCGAAGAGGAACAGGAAGAUGACCAAGAGAAUGAUGAAGAAGAUGGAGAAGAUGUUACUGAGGAUGAUGAAGAUGAUAAUGAUGAGUAUUAUUAUUCAGAGAGUGAAGAAGAGGAUAGUGAAGAGGAAUACGAUAGCCAAGAAGAAGAGAACGAAAGAAUUAUCGAAGCCCUUUCAAGUGGUGUAGGAAACUUGAAAAUGGAUAAAAUGGGUAACUACAUACUGGAAGAUUAA